CAAAGCCCCAAAACCCCCCGCGACCCCAACCCCCAAGUGCUCUCCACGUCGCCCGGAACCACGCAAAUCCCACACACUUUUCCCCCAAAAACCACCGUACGCCGAGGCCCCCCCAACCCAACCCAACCCCGCGCCUUUGCCGCGAAAAAAACGUUAACCCACCUCGCGUCUCACGGCUGCGUCGUCUCGUCUCGUCUCGUAGCGCGCAGCUGCACAUGCACCGGAGGCUGGCCGCGUACGAUCGAUCGGCAUGGAGGCAGCGGGCGAUGAUGCCGCGGCGGCGGUGAGGAUGAGGGCGGCGGUGAAGCGGCUCAGCUUCGGGACGGCGGAGGAGAGGGCGGAGGCCGCGGGGGAGGUCGGGAGGCUGGCGCGCUCGGACGAGGGGAGGAAGCGGCUGCUCCCCGAGCUCGGCGUCGUGCCGCCGCUCGUCUCGAUGCUCGCCGACGCCAGGGGAGGUGGUGCCGGCGCGAGGAUGGCCGCGGCGGGGGCGCUGCUUGAGCUCGCCAGGGGAGCACACAGAAACAAGGUGCACAUUGUGCAGGCCGGUCUUCUGAAGAAGCUGCCAUUGCUCAUGGACGACAAGGACAUGUCAAGAAGCCAGGAGCUCGCGCUCCUCCUCCUCUCCAUCUCCUCCCUGGCCAACACCGACUUCCCCCUCGCCUCCUCCGAGCUCCUCCCGUUCCUCGUCGCCGUCCUCAGCGCCGACGACGCGCCGGCCGACACGAAGCUGCCGUGCCUGGGCGCGCUCCACAACCUCUCGGCCAAGCUCGAGCACGUCCGCGACGUGGCGUCGAGCGGCGCGGUGCGCGCGCUCCUGGCGCUCUCCCUGGACCGGAAGACGUCGGAGGCGGCGCUGUCCGUCCUCGGCGACCUGGCGGCGACCGCGGCGGGGAGGGAGGAGAUGGAGGAGGACGAGGCGGCGCCGAGGGCGCUCGUGGAGGCCAUGACGUGGCACGACGCUCCGCGGUGCCAGGAGCACGCCGCGUACCUCGCCAUGGUGCUCGCGCACGGCAGCCGGCUGCAGCGGCGGCGGAUGCGCCGGUUCGGCGUCGUGCAGGCGCUCCUCGAGGUGUCCCUCCUCGGGAGCCCCCUGGCGCAGAGGAGGGCGGCCAAGAUCCUGCAGUGGUUCAAGGAGGAAGGGCAGGACAGGAUCAGGGCGCACUCCGGCCCUCGCAUGGAGGGCGCGUCGUCGGCGUCGUGCGACGACGGCGGCGAGGGGGCCAAGGAUCGCCGGAACGCCGUGGACAGGAUAGUGAAGCAGAGCCUCGACAGGAACAUGAAGUCCAUAUUGCGCAGAGCCACGGCGUCCGUGGACCUGACCAGUGUGAAGCUGCUGGUUGGAAGCUCUAGCUCCAAGAGCUUGCCCUGCGAGACUCUCCAUCCAUGACUCAUGACUCCGUGAGCAAAUGUUCAGUUUUCUCUUUUCAGCUGUGCUCUUGCUCAAAUGCAGUUUGUCUGAUCUGUGUGAUCUCUGUAGUUCUGUCUUCAGAAAUUAGAGCACAAGAGUGGGAGUCACCUGUAGUCUUUCUUGUACAUGAACACAAUUCAUGAAAGUAACUGUUGUUAAUACUUCA